AUGUCAGAUUAUGAUGAAAUGGAUCUCGAUGAUGCUGUACCAUCGACUUCUAAACUAACACUAAAAGAACGUAAUGGUCCAUCAAAGGACGAUUUAAAAGUUUUUACUAAUAUUGAUGAAAGCAGAACUAAUGGGAAACAAACAAUUGAACAGAUGUAUCAGAAGAAAUCUCAGUUAGAACAUAUUCUUUUACGUCCCGAUACAUAUAUAGGUUCUGUGGAAUAUACCGAUAAAGGAGUUGCUUGGGUUUAUGAUAUGGACGAGGAUAAAUUAGUUCAACGUGAGAUCAGUUAUGUACCUGGGCUGUAUAAAAUUUUUGAUGAAAUUCUGGUUAAUGCAGCUGAUAACAAACAAAGAGACAAAAAAAUGAAUCUUAUAAAAGUUGAUAUUGACAAAAAGAAUAAUACAAUUUCUGUUUUCAACAAUGGUAAGGGUAUCCCUGUAGCUCAUCAUAAAGUUGAAAAGAUGUACGUACCAGAAUUAAUUUUUGGUACUCUUUUAACUUCGUCUAAUUACAACGAUGAUGAGAAGAAAACAACUGGUGGAAGAAAUGGUUAUGGUGCUAAGCUUUGUAAUAUAUUUUCCACAGAAUUUACACUUGAAACUUCUAGUAAAGAAUAUAAGAAAAAAUUUAAACAAACAUGGAUUAACAAUAUGACUAAGGAUAAAGAAGCGGAGAUUUCAAAAGCAACUGAAGAUGAUUAUACUAAGGUUACAUUUAAGCCUGAUUUGAAAAAGUUUAAAAUGAAAGAAUUGGAUGACGAUAUCGUUGGACUAAUGGCACGUCGUGCCUAUGAUAUUGCUGGUACUACACCAGGUGUACGUGUAUACCUUAACGGAAAGUGUAUUCCAAUAAAAUCAUUUAAAGAAUACGCUGAAAAAUACGUUGAAAGUGCCAUUGGUAAUGAGGAAGAGAAACCUAAAAUUAUUUAUGAAAAAAUCAAUGACAGGUGGGAAGUCGCUUUGACUGUAUCUGAAAAAGGAUUUCAAUCAGUUUCUUUUGUCAAUAGUAUUGCUACUUCAAAAGGUGGAAGACAUGUGGAUUAUAUUGCUGAUCAAAUUACUACUAAUCUCGUUGACACAGUAAAGAAGAAAGCUGGAGGUGCAAAAUCUGGUGUCAACGUUAAACCUUUUCAAAUUAAAAAUCAUAUGUGGAUUUUCGUUAAUUGUUUAAUUGAGAAUCCAACUUUCGAUUCUCAAACUAAGGAAAAUAUGACACUUCAGGCUAAAAGCUUUGGAAGUAAAGCUGAGAUGACCGAAAAGUUUUAUAAGGAAGUUCUAAAGUGUGGUGUUGUUGAGGCAGUUCUUUCCUGGGUUAGGUUUAAACAGCAAGAACAAGCAGAUAAAAAAUGUUCAACAAAAAAAUCUACUAAAGUUAAAGGUAUUCCAAAACUUGAAGAUGCUAAUGAAGCUGGAACUAAAAAUUCUUCGAAAUGUACUCUUAUUCUUACUGAGGGAGAUUCAGCCAAAACGCUUGCAGUUUCUGGUCUUGGUGUUGUAGGACGUGAUUUUUAUGGAGUAUUUCCACUACGUGGUAAAAUGUUAAAUGUACGUGAUUGCCCAAUGAAACAGAUUAAUGAUAAUCAAGAAAUUGGACAUAUGAUUAAAAUUUUGGGUCUGCAAUAUCGUUUAAAGUAUGAAACUGAAGAAGAAAGAAAAACAUUGAGAUACGGUCGUGUAAUGAUAAUGGCUGAUCAGGAUCAGGAUGGUUCUCAUAUUAAAGGUUUACUUAUUAAUUGGAUUCAUUGUAAUUGGCCGGCAUUAAUGAAAAAUAAUUUUGUAGAAGAAUUUAUUACUCCAAUUGUUAAAGCAUCUAAAGGUAGUACUUCUAUUAGUUUUUUUUCUUUACCUGAAUACAUGGAAUGGAGAAAUAAUACAGAUAAUUGGAAAUCAUAUAAAAUAAAGUACUACAAAGGUUUGGGUACUUCAACUUCUAAAGAAGCCAAGGAAUAUUUUAGUGAUAUGGAUCGUCAUAGAAUUCCCUUUACAUAUUCUGGCCCUGAAUGUGAACGAGCUGUUGAAAUGGCAUUUAGUAAAAAGAAGAUUGAAGCAAGAAAAACUUGGCUUUCAAAUUGGAUGAGAGAAAAAAAAGAUCGUCGUGAAAAUGGUGGUAUUGAAGAAUAUCUUUAUAAUAAAGAUACUAGAAGUGUGUCAUUUGUCGAAUUCAUCAACAAAGAGUUGAUUCUUUUUUCAAAUAUGGAUAACGAAAGAUCUAUUCCAUGUCUUGUUGAUGGUUUAAAACCAGGUCAACGUAAAGUUUUGUUUACAUGUUUCAGACGUGCUGACAAGAAAGAAGUUAAAGUUGCUCAAUUAGCAGGAGCUGUAGGAGAGAUGUCCGCUUACCAUCAUGGUGAGCAAUCUUUGAUGAUGACAAUUAUUAAUUUGGCUCAGGACUAUGUUGGAUCAAAUAACAUUAAUUUAUUGUUACCUAUUGGUCAAUUUGGUACUAGACUUCAAGGAGGAAAAGAUUCUGCAUCGCCUCGUUAUAUCUUUACACAAUUAAGUCCUGUAACCAAAACGAUAUUUAUUCCAGAAGAUGAAAAUGUUCUUAGAUUCCUGUUUGAAGAAAAUCAGAAAAUUGAACCAGAAUGGUAUUGUCCCAUUAUUCCAAUGGUUUUGGUUAAUGGUGCUGAAGGAAUAGGUACUGCUUGGAGUACCAAAAUACCUAAUUACAAUCCACGUGAUGUUACUGAAAAUAUUCGUCGACUUAUUAGAGGAGAACAAAUGAAAAAAAUGAUUCCAUGGUACAAACAUUUUGAGGGUACAAUUAUGCAAGUUGAUGAACAGAAAUAUAUUUCAAGUGGACGAGUUGGAACAUUAGAUGAUGAAACUUUAGAAAUAACGGAACUUCCAAUUAAAAUGUGGACACAAAAUUAUAAGGAAAGUGUAUUAGAAGAUCUUUCUAAUUCUACUGAUAAAUCUCCAGCUCUCAUUCAAGACUAUAGAGAAUAUCACACUGAUCAAACGGUAAAGUUUAUUGUUAAAAUGACAGAACAAAAUAUGAAGAAAUGUUUAUCUCAAGGAGUUCAUGAUAUUCUAAAACUUCAAACUCCUAUUAACACUUCUUCGAUGGUUCUCUUUGAUGCUGAAGGUUGCCUUCGCAAGUUUGAAUCUCCAGAACAAAUUUGUCAGGAGUUUUUUGAAGUCAGGAAGAAAAAAUAUAUUGAAAGAAAAGAAUUUUUGGUAGGAAUGCUUGAGGCUCAAUCAAAAAGAUUAUCCAAUCAAGCACGUUUUAUUGUAUGUAAAAUAAAAGGAGAAAUUGUUAUGGAAAACAGGAAGAAGAAGAAUAUUGUAGAUCAAUUAAUUAAAGAAAAAUUUGAUCCUGAUCCUGUUAAAGCCUGGAAAGAUUAUUGUAAAAAGAGAGAAUUAGAAAUGUGUGGUGAAGUUGAGAUUGAAGAAGAAGAAGCAAACGAAGAAGAUAGUGAAGAGGCUGGUGGAACAUCUACUGAAGCUGGAUUGAAAAAGCGUUUAGCUGAUUAUGACUAUUUGGUAAAUAUGGCUCUUAUCAAAUUAUCUGAGGAAGAAAAGGAUCGUCUUCUUGAGGAAGCUGGUAAUAAACUUAAGGAAUUAGAAACUCUUAAAAAGAAAUCGUGGGCUGAUCUAUGGGAACACGAUCUCGAAAUUUUCGAAGAAGCAUUGAAAAAACAGGAAGAAAAGGAAUUACAAGAUAUUGAAGGUUCCAUUAAGACAGCACAGUCAAAAUUGGCUAAAGGCGGUAAUUCAGCAAAAAACAAGAAAAAUAAGGUAAAUGUCGAUGCCGCUUCUUUCAAACCAAAUCCAAAUGCUGAAAUUGUAAACGUUGAGUUUGAAGCUUUAAAAAAUAAAUAUGAAAAGAAACCUAAGAAAGUAAAAUCUCAACCCCUUCCAAAAGUUAAAGGUGAUGAAAUUGCUAAUGCAUUAGAAGAUAAUGAUUUGAAAGUACCAAAAGUGAAGAAAACUAAAGAACCGAAAGUAACCAAAAAGGCAAGUGAAAAUAAAAAUAAAAAAGAAAGUGGUGGUGAGAGUGACAAAUUAGAUGACGAAAAUGCAAUGGAAGUUUCUCCAGUUGCACAGAAAAGAACAAAGAGGAAUGUUAAAAAGGCUCCAAUAAUUAUAAUUGAUUCUGAAUCUGACAUCGAGUUUGCUAGUCCUCCACCACCAGAAAGUUCUCAAAAAGGUAGUAAAAGGAAAUCAGCUACUCCACAAAAAGCAAAGAAAAGUAAAAAAGCAAAAGUUCUUGAUAGCUCCGAUGAGAGUGAUGAAUAG